GCCUGGCUACCAUGCCAUCUCCUCUCCCCCUCUCCUUCCUUCUCUUCCUUACCCUUGUAGGAGGCAGGACCCAGAAGCCGGUACAGGUGGAGAUAGAAGAGGGAGGCGAUCUUGUGCUGCCGUGCCUCUCGGACCCCCCAUCUACCUCUUCUGAGAAGCUGGCCUGGUAUCGAGGAAAUCAGUCUACACCCUUCUUGGAGCUGAGCCUAGGGUCUCCAGGCCUGGGCCUGCGGGUGGGGCCCCUGGGAGUCUUGCUAGUCAUUGUCAAUGUCUCGGACCAUAUGGGGGGCUUCUACCUGUGCCAGAAGAGGCCCUCUUUCAAGGAUACCUGGCAACCUGCCUGGACGGUGAAUGUGAAGGAUAGUGGGGAGCUGUUCCGCUGGAAUGCUUCAGAUAUAGGGGACCUGAAAUGUGGCCUGAAGAACAGGUCCUCAGGGAGCCAUAGCCCUGCUUCUGGUUCCCGCAACAAAUCCUGGCUGUAUGUGUGGGCGAAAGACCAUCCUAAGGUCGUGGGGACAGAGCCUGUAUGUGCCCCACGGAGGAUCAGUCUGAAUGAGAGUCUAAUCAACCAAGAUCUCACUGUAGCCCCUGGCUCCACAGUUUGGCUCUCCUGUGGGGUACCCCCUGUCCCAGUGACAAGAGGCUCCAUUUCCUGGGUCCAUGUACAUCCUAGGUCUAAUGUUCCAUUACUGAACCUAAGCCUUGGGGAAGAGCACCCAAGAAGAGAGAUGUGGGUUUGGGGGCCUCAUCUGUCACUGCCUCAAGCCACACCUUUAGAUGAAGGUACCUAUUAUUGUCUCCACGGAGGCCUGACCAUCGAGAUGCACGUGAAGGUCAUUGCAAGGUCAGUGUGGACCUGGCUGUUGGAAACUGGUGGAUGGAGGAUUCCAGUUGUGACUAUAGUAUAUCUCAUUUUCUGUCUGGUUUCUCUGGUGGCUUUUCUCUAUCUUCGAAGAGUCCUUAUCAAGAAGAGGAAAAGAAAGCGAAUGACGGACCCUGCCAGGAGAUUCUUCAAAGUGACCCCUCCCUCAGGAAACGGGACCCAGAACCAGUACGGGAAUGUGCUCUCCCUUCCUACAUCCACCUCGGGCUCGGCCCAUCAGCAUUGGGCUGCUGGCCUGGGGAGUACCAGUGGGUCCUAUGGAAAUCCACGCAUUGAAGUCCAGGACACUGGAGCUCAGAGCCAUGAAUCAGGGCUGGAAGAAGGGGAGGCCUAUGAAGAGCCGGACAGUGAGGAUGGCUCAGAGUUCUAUGAGAACGACUCCAACCUUGGGCAGGACCAGAUUUCUCAGGAUGGUAGUGGCUAUGAGAACCCUGAGGAUGAGCCCAUGGGUCCAGAGGAAGAAGACUCCUUCUCUAACGCUGAGUCUUACGAAAACGCAGAUGAGGAGCUGGCCCAACCAGUUGGCAGGACAAUGGACUUCCUGAGCCCCCACGGAUCUGCCUGGGACCCCAGCAGGGAAGCAUCCUCACUUGGGUCCCAGUCCUACGAGGAUAUGAGAGGGAUCCUGUAUGCAGCUCCCCAGCUCCGAUCGAUUCGGUCUGGUCCCAGUCAUGAAGAAGAUGCAGACUCUUAUGAAAACAUGGACAAGUCUGAUGAUCCAGAACCAGCAUGGGGAGGAGAGGACCACAUGGGGACUUGGGAUACCAGAUGACUCCCAAGUGACUAGCCUGGGCUUCCUCAGCUUCCAAGAACUACAUCCAACUCUGAAAUCUGGAGGUCCCAAGCAGAUGGUGUCAGUCAAUGAAAUAACCUUGUUUAGGAUGUGUGGACACGGACACACACCCACACUCCUACACGCGUACAAAUGAAGCUUCCUACCCACCCUUUCCUGUUU